AUGUCUGGACGCGGUAAAGGUGGAAAGGGGCUUGGCAAGGGGGGUGCAAAGCGCCAUCGCAAAGUGUUGCGGGACAACAUCCAGGGUAUCACCAAGCCGGCCAUCCGUCGUCUGGCACGCCGAGGGGGUGUCAAGAGAAUCUCCGGUCUGAUCUACGAGGAGACCCGCGGUGUCCUCAAGGUGUUCUUGGAGAAUGUCAUCCGUGAUGCCGUAACGUACUGCGAACACUCCAAGAGAAAAACUGUCACCGCCAUGGAUGUCGUCUACGCACUCAAGAGACAAGGCCGCGGGCUCUUCGUAAUUUCAUUCACUGAUCUUUCAGAAAACAAAAUGGCUCGUACCAAGCAGACCGCACGUAAAUCUACAGGAGGAAAGGCUCCUCGCAAGCAGUUGGCCACCAAGGCAGCCCGCAAGAGCGCCCCAGCCACCGGCGGAGUCAAGAAGCCCCAUCGUUACAGGCCCGGAACCGUCGCUCUCCGUGAGAUCCGCCGUUACCAGAAGAGCACAGAGCUUCUCAUCCGCAAGCUCCCCUUCCAGCGUCUGGUCCGUGAGAUCGCUCAGGACUUCAAGACCGAGCUCCGCUUCCAGAGCUCUGCCGUCAUGGCUCUUCAAGAGGCCAGCGAGGCUUACUUGGUCGGACUCUUCGAGGACACCAACUUGUGCGCCAUCCACGCCAAGCGUGUGACCAUCAUGCCCAAGGACAUCCAGCUCGCCCGCCGCAUCCGUGGUGAACGUGCUUAG